AUGCUUCUCGCGCCGCCAUGGAAUCCCCCCCCAGGCAUCGCUGCCUUAUUUGUUAUCCGCUUCGAUAUCAGGACCGGAUACGUGGUCUCAUGGAAACGAACGACCGGAGUUGACGUCGAAGGCGUGGUCGAAUACAAGUCGCUGCCCUCCGGCCUACACAACGUGAAGGAUGAUCUGGUCUAUUUCGUCCAUGACCAGUAUGCCGGGAUCAGCUCAUUCCUUAACCAGCCCGCCGCCGAGGCGGAGCGCAAUGCGAAGAUGUUCGCAAUCGGCGUCCUCGUCCCUUUGAGCUCUGGAAGACUCGGGAAGAGUUGGCGACACGCUCCAAGAUUGAGAGACUUGACGCUGAAAUACGCCGCCGAUAUGUCGAAUGAACAACCCUUGUCCGAUUACUGGGAUGCAUUUCAGAUCGGAGGACCUGAUUCUUCUGCUGCCGAUUCGCCGGUCGACUCGCCAGUGAGCCUUCGCUUCCGACCGGGCGACCGACCGGACAGCCUGUCGCGCAGUCGCGCUUUUAGCGACGCAAUGGUAUUGGAGACCUUCAGGCCGGCCCUGACACCAUUCCAUCCGGCUUCAUCGCUUCCCGAUUUUCUCGAUUGCUUUGGUCCUUUGAUCUUUCCUCUAUACCGCGCCGCGCUACUGCGCAAACGCAUCCUUUUCAUGAACGAAGCACCAGUUCAUAUACCAUGCAAUUAUGUAUAUGACCUAUCGUUGCUAGCAUCUCUUCCGAAUUCUCUAUUACAAGAACUCCCGUCCGGAUACACACCACCGCUUCGGCCCCGCCCCCUCUUCAACGUUGGUAUACAUGAUAUUCCUCACCUUGCAUCCUUCGACACGACCAGAUCGAGUCAAGAUCCGGAUCAGGACCCCAGUUGGAUUGCCUGCUCCACCGACAGUGUCCUGACUAUGAAGCCUGAGCUUUACGAUGUCUUGGUUACUCUUCCACCCGCCCAUUCCCAGCAUGCUACUGAGCGAGUCUUCCCUCAGAUUAGUUUGAUGCAUCCUUCAAGUGGCAAGCAGAACUCAAAGCAGACCUUCCUUCUUAAGGCCACACAACGCGAUGCCCGGCGCUAUGCGAUGCUUCGCAGAGGCUUACGACAUUUCGCCGCCGACCGUCCUACGUCCCCGGAGACCGAGGACUCAUCUGACAGUGACUCUACAUAUUCCUCGAGCCCAGUUGUCGAGCCAAUCUCGUGGACCCGACUUGCUUACAACUCUUUCAUCUGGUGGGCUUCCGCCGGCGAACAUCGCGAUGGACUCACCGAAGAGGAAGAGGAGCACCAGAUCGAACAAGACGCACGACUUCUGGCAAGCGUGGAAAGUCUUGCAUACCCAGCCCCCAACUCCACAACCCGUCGUUCAUUCCAUGGCGAGGAGAGUGGCCAAGAGCCACCGGAAGUUGCUCUGGUAGCCUACUUCCGUCGUCUGACAACGCAGAUAUUCUACACCUUGGCCGGGGCCAUUGCGCGUCACGACUCUGAAUCCGGUGAAGAUUGUAUAGACGCUUACCAUGAUUCGCCGUAUCUCGAUGAUAUGGAGAACGACGACACGGAUCUAUCGCUUUCCAUGUCGCGACAGUCCAUUCAAACCGACGAUGACAACGCCCCCCUGCUGCGGCAGCGAUCAAAUGUGAACCACACUAGCCAAAACAAUGACUGGGAAGAGCAAGGUGAGCCAGACAGCGAUGGCCCAGUCACCAUCACGAUUGCCGAUAUGGCAGAGAUGGGUCUAGACGUGUGGAGCGCCACGGACCGGAUCUUUGUCGAGGAGCUCGUUACGCUCUGGUGGGGACGUCAGGCGCAUGUGGACAGUGCACGAAUUCGCUGCUGUGGAAUUUCAAUCCUAUAG